GCGGGGCGGCGGCCGGAGGACCGAGGGGAGGCGGCACCUGGGCGGCGGUGAUGUCAGCCGGGCGCUGUGCUCCGGCCACGGCUCCUGUCGCCGCCGUGUAGGGCGCGGGGGCGGCCGCGACGGGAGCGGCGAUCUGGCAGCCGGGUUGGUGCCGGGAGGCGGAACUGCAACUUGUGGAGCUCGGCGGCCCUCCGCCUCAGUACCAAACUUCUAUGGAUCAGUUUGCUAAGGAUGUGAAAGAUUGGAAGCACUGAGAAGUCAACGCUGAACCUGUUUUUCUUUUAAAGUGCUUCGCUGCUCUUUGCCUUCAGACCCUGUGGCGGCUUGUCCACAGGAGUGAGGCUUGUCAGCUCUUCAGUGACCCCGCGGGCUGAGGAUGUGUUUUCAUGUGGCUUAGUGACCUCCCUUCUCCCCAUUCCUCUUGCCAAGUGUUAAUACUGUUCCUGAACUUGAGCUAAGUGGUUGAAGCUGGAAUUUGCCCCUUGUGAGCAGGAAGAUGAUGAGUGACGCUAGUGACAUGCUGGCUGCGGCGCUGGAGCAGAUGGAUGGGAUCAUAGCAGGUUCUAAAGCCUUGGAGUAUUCCAAUGGGAUUUUUGAUUGCCAAUCUCCCACCUCCCCAUUUAUGGGAAGCUUGCGAGCUCUGCACCUUGUGGAAGACCUGCGUGGAUUGUUGGAGAUGAUGGAAACUGACGAGAAGGAAGGAUUGAGAUGCCAGAUCCCAGACUCAACAGCAGAAAUGCUUAUUGAGUGGCUUCAAAAUCAAAUGACAAAUGGACACCUACCCGGGAACGGAGAUGUGUAUCAAGAAAGGCUAGCACGUCUAGAAAACGACAAGGAAUCCCUCGUUCUUCAGGUGAGUGUGUUGACAGACCAGGUGGAGGCUCAGGGAGAGAAGAUUCGGGAUCUGGAGUUUUGUCUUGAAGAGCACAGAGAGAAGCUGAAUGCCACUGAAGAAAUGCUGCAGCAGGAGCUUCUGAGUAGGACUUCCUUAGAGACACAGAAGCUGGAGCUGAUGGCGGAGAUCUCUAACUUGAAGUUAAAGCUGACGGCCGUAGAGAAGGACAGGCUGGACUAUGAAGACAGGUUCAGAGACACAGAGGGGCUGAUUCAAGAGAUCAAUGAUUUGAGGCUAAAAGUCAGUGAGAUGGACGGUGAAAGACUUCAGUAUGAAAAAAAGCUCAAGUCAACUAAAGAUGAAUUGGCAUCUUUAAAAGAGCAGCUGGAAGAGAAGGAAUGUGAAGUAAAGAGGCUGCAGGAGAGACUGGUUUGUAAGGCGAAAGGAGAAGGGAUCGAAGUCCUCGAUCGAGAUGAAAAUAUUAAAAAGAAGCUCAAAGAGAAAAACAUUGAAGUACAGAAAAUGAAGAAGGCAGUGGAGUCCCUGAUGGCAGCAAAUGAAGAAAAGGAGCGGAAAAUAGAAGACCUCCGGCAGUGCCUGAACAAGUACAGGAAGAUGCAGGACCCAGCAGCUCUGGCCCAAGGCCAGGAUGGUGAGUGUGAGGGUCUGUUCCACUCCAGCUCUAUCUCCACCCUGUUGGAUGCACAGGGAUUUAGUGAUCUGGAGAGAAGUACUUCUUCUACGCCAGGAAUGGGGUCUCCCAGCAGGGACCCCCUCCACACAAGUGCUCCAGAAGAGUUUCACACCAGCGUUUUGCAAGCUUCCAUCCCUUCACUAUUGGCGCCAUCUAUGGAUGUAGAAACUUGCGAAAAACCCAAGUUGCCUACUAAGCCUGAGACUUCAUUUGAAGAGGGUGAUGGAAGAGCAGUUCUGGGCGCUGCCGCUGAAGUUUCUCUGAGUGAUGGUGUUUCAACUUCAAGUAUGCAGAAAUCCAGCAGUCUUGGGAAUCUGAAGAAAGAGGCAUCGGAUAGCACGGAAAAGGAGUCUAUCCAGAAGCCUUCAGAGGAUAAAGCUCCGACUGACAGCCGCACAUUCGGGACCCUGCCUCCCAAGGUCCCAGGACAUGAAGCCUCUGUGGAUGACAACCCCUUCGGCACUCGCAAAGCCAGGUCCUCCUUUGGCCGGGGCUUUUUUAAGAUCAAAAGCGGCAAGAGGACAGCAAGUGCACCAAACCUCGACCGUAAACGAAGUGCCAGUGCACCCACCUUAGCUGAGACAGAAAAAGAGACGGCUGAGCACCUAGAUUUGGCUGGCACAUCUCGGUCCAAAGGUUCCCAGGGAACCAGUCCAUUCCCAAUGUCUCCACCAUCUCCAGAUUCCAGAAAGAAAUCCAGAGGCAUCAUGAGACUCUUUGGGAAACUUAGAAGAAGUCAGUCAACUACAUUCAACCCAGAUGACAUGUCUGAGCCUGAAUUCAAAAGAGGAGGGACGAGGGCAACUGCAGGACCCAGGCUUGGUUGGUCUCGAGAUUUAGGACAGUCCAACAGUGACCUGGAUAUGCCAUUUGCCAAAUGGACCAAGGACCAGGUGUGCAGCUGGCUGGCAGAGCAAGGCUUGGGGUCCUACCUGAGUUCUGGGAAGCAUUGGAUUAUAUCUGGCCAGACGCUUUUGCAGGCAUCUCAGCAAGAUCUAGAGAAGGAGCUUGGCAUCAAACACUCUCUGCAUCGCAAGAAGCUCCAGCUGGCCCUGCAGGCCCUGGGAUCUGAAGAAGAAACCAACUAUGGGAAGCUGGACUUCAACUGGGUCACUAGAUGGCUGGAUGAUAUUGGCCUCCCUCAGUACAAGACCCAGUUUGAUGAAGGGCGGGUGGAUGGCCGAAUGCUGCACUACAUGACUGUGGAUGACCUUCUGUCCCUGAAGGUUGUGAGCGUGCUGCACCAUCUCAGUAUCAAACGGGCCAUCCAGGUGCUGAGGAUCAAUAACUUUGAGCCGAACUGUCUUCGGAGGCGGCCGUCUGACGAGAACAGCAUCACUCCAUCUGAGGUUCAGCAGUGGACCAAUCAUCGUGUGAUGGAGUGGCUACGCUCUGUGGACUUGGCAGAGUAUGCCCCCAAUCUCAGAGGCAGUGGUGUCCAUGGAGGACUCAUGGUUCUUGAGCCUCGUUUUAAUGUAGAAACUAUGGCUCAGUUAUUGAACAUUCCGCCAAAUAAAACCUUGCUGCGCAGACAUUUGGCUACCCACUUCAACCUUCUGAUUGGCGCUGAGGCCCAGCACCAGAAGCGAGAUGCCAUGGAGUUACCAGAUUAUGUAUUGCUGACGGCUACCGCCAAAGUGAAGCCAAAGAAACUGACCUUUAGCAACUUUGGGAAUCUGAGAAAGAAGAAACAUGAAGAUGGAGAGGAAUACAUUUGUCCAAUGGAGCUAGGCCAGGCAUCAGGUAGCUCCCAGAAGGGGUUUAGACCUGGUUUGGACAUGCGCCUGUAUGAAGAGGAUGAUCUAGAUCGGUUAGAGCAGAUGGAAGAUUCAGAAGGGACGGUGAGACAGAUAGGUGCAUUUUCUGAAGGCAUCAACAAUCUCACGCACAUGUUAAAGGAAGAUGACAUGUUUAAGGAUUUUGCUGCCCGUUCCCCCAGUGCCAGCAUCACAGAUGAAGACUCCAAUGUUUGAGCGAGUACCUGGGCAAAUGCCAGGAGCGCAGAUGUCAUUUUCCAGCUUUGUUUCUCGGAUAGUGUAUACAGCAGGUGACAGGUUGUGCAUUGUUUACUGUUCGGACUUCUGCUCCCUCAGAAGGUGAACUGUAACACGGGAGUGGUGCCAAUUCCGAGGAUGCUGAGAGAAAAAAAGACACUGGUGAACAGAAGUAUGCUUGCUCUGUCUAUUUAAUGUAAAGUCUGUGACAUAUGUUGCAUUUAUGGUUGGGUGUUUACCAGAGUGCUUCGCUCACAUGCCCAGGAGAGAGGGUCUGGCCACAUCAGUGUUCGCUGCAGCCGGCUGAGUGGGCGUGCUGCUCUCCAGAUCCGAGUGCCACCAUGCCAGCAGCACCUCCACUUGCCUCUCACUGUCUUAUUUUUAUAUAUUUUUCUAAAUACAUGUAUAUACACAGUAUACAGAAAACAGAACCUUUAUUUUGUGACACAAGGAUCAAAAGAUCAUAUUAAAACAAAGAAACCCCAAUAUUCUCACUGAUCAUAUAACAGCUGAUUCCUGAAGAUACCAGAGUUCCAUUUUUUUUUUUUCUCCACUGAUGAAUUUUAACAGAGUUGACCAUUCAGGCUAAAUUCUACAUGAUAUAUAUUUCUUUGGUUCCCACAAAAAUUGCUGGGCAGUUUAGAACUUGAACUUUAAUCUUGACUCCAUUUGCUUCAUAAUGAAGAAUUUUGGGGUAUUACCACAUCAACUUGAAGCCUUUGGAUGCACUCAUAUCCCCAUCAGAAAAGUUUUUGUUAGAAUGCCCUUGGAAAAACAAAAAAACAAACAGAACCUUUACAUUUUAAGUUUCUUUUUUUUUU